AUGCCAAAUCGUAAAUUAGAAGAAUUCGAAAUUGAAACAAAACCUCGGAAACGGACCACGAAGCAGACUAUUUGUAACUUUUUGUACAAUGAACAAACUGGAGCUAUCUUGGGAAGAACGCCCGAGAGUUGGGGUAAAAUCUUAUUAUUUUACGUGAUCUUCUACGCGGUGUUGAUCGCCCUGUUCGCGGUGUGCCUGGCGACCUUCCUGCAGCACUUCAUCAACCCUCGCGUGCCGCGGCUGCAGCAGGAGCAGGGCUCCAUCGGCAGUAGUCCGGGGCUGGGGUUCCGCCCCCUGCCCCCUGACGUCCGGAGCACCCUCAUCUGGUACAAGGGCACGGGAGAGGAGAGCUACAAGUACUGGGAGGACGAGCUUAAGGAAUUCUUAUCAGUGUACAAGAAGAAGGGUCAGACGGCGGGCGCGGGUCAGAACAUCUUCAACUGCGACUUCCGCAACCCUCCGCCGCCGGGCAAGGUGUGCGACGUGGACAUCCGCGGCUGGGAGCCCUGCAUCGACGAGAACCACUUCUCCUUCCACAGAUCAUCGCCGUGCAUAUUCUUGAAGCUCAACAAGAUCUACGGCUGGCGGCCCGAGUACUACAACGACACGGACGCGCUCCCCGGAGACAUGCCGCAACAACUGGUCGGAGAGAUCAAGAACAUCACCAAAUAUAACAGAGACUAUGCCAAUAUGGUGUGGGUGUCAUGUGCGGGGGAGACCCCAACAGACCGGGAGAACAUCGGCCCCCUGAGGUACAUCCCUCACGCGGGGUUCCCAGGGUACUUCUACCCUUACAACAACGCUGAGGGGUACCUCAGUCCACUGGUGGCUGUUCACCUCAUGAAGCCCAGGACUGGAAUAGUCAUCAACAUAGAGUGUCGAGCGUGGGCCAAGAACAUCAAGUACAGCAGGAAGGAACGACUCGGAGUUGUUCACUUUGAACUGAUGAUCGAGUAG